GUGAGCCGUGCAAACUGUGAGCGGGGGCGGCGGGCCGGGGCUCCGGGAAAGGCCGCUCCGCCGCUGCAGCCGCAGCCCCGGAUGUCGCCGCAGUAGCCGCGGCCGUGGCAUCAGCACCCACAGCGGCAUCAGCACCCGCAGCGGCAUCAGCACCCGCGCCCUCGGCCUCAGCAUCCGCGCCGCAGAGCCAGCCUGAGCCCGGCCCCAGGAUGGCUGCAGCGCCUCCCAGCUGCUGUCUGGUGGCCUUCCCGCCUCGCGCUAAGGACGGCCUGGUGGUGUUUGGGAAAAACUCAGCUCGGCCCAGGGAUGAAGUGCAAGAGGUGGUGUAUUUCCCCGCUGCUGAUCACGAACCUGAGAGCAAGGUGGAGUGUACUUACAUUUCCAUCGACCAAGUUCCCAGGACCCACGCCAUCGUGAUAAGCAGACCUGCCUGGCUUUGGGGGGCAGAAAUGGGAGCCAAUGAUCAUGGAGUGUGCAUAGCCAACGAAGCGGUCAAUGCCAGGGAACCGGCCGCCGAGACGGAAGCCUUGCUGGGGAUGGAUCUGGUCAGGCUUGGUUUAGAAAGAGGGUCAACGGCCAAGGAAGCCCUAGAUGUCAUCGUCGCCUUGUUGGAAGAACACGGGCAAGGUGGGAAUUAUUACGAAGAUGCGGACUCCUGCCACAGCUUCCAGAGUGCUUUCCUGAUUGCGGAUCGUGAGGAGGCCUGGGUGCUUGAGACCGUAGGGAAGUACUGGGCUGCUGAGAAGGUCACAGAGGGCUUCAGGUGCAUCUGCAAUCAGCUCUCACUCACCACCAAGAUUGAUGCAGAGCAUCCUGAGCUCAGGAGUUAUGCUCAGAGUCAAGGCUGGUGGACAGGAGAGGACGAGUUCAAUUUCUCUGAAGUUUUUUCUCCAGCUGAUGACCAUCAACACUGCUGUGCAGGCAAAGACAGCUUAGAAAAGCAAGAAGAAAGCAUCACUGUGCAGACUAUGAUUGACAUCUUACGGGACAAAGCCAGCGGCGUCUGCAUAGACUCCGAGUUGUUCCUGACCACAGCCAGCGUAGUGUCUGUCCUGCCCCAGAGCAGAGGGUCACCGUGCAUCCACUACUUCACCGGGACCCCAGACCCCUCCAGGUCCAUCUUCAAGCCCUUCAUCUUCGUGGACGAUGUCAAACUUGUCCCCAAGGCACAGUCUCCCUGCUUUGGGGAUGACGACCCGGCCAAAAGGGAGCCUCGGUUCCAGGAGAAGCCAGACCGCAGGCACGAGCUGUACAAGGCCCACGAGUGGGCCCGCGCCGUCCUCGCCAGCGGCCAGGAGCAGGGCCGCAGGCUGCGGAGGACCAUGCUGGAGCUGGAGAGGCAGGGCCUGGAGGCCAUGGAGGAGAUCCUGGCCGGCCCCACGCCCCCGGACCCCGCCGAGGUGGGGGACCUUUUCUAUGACUGCGUGGACACGGAGAUCAAGUUCUUUAAGUGAAGCGGGUGCGCCCUCCCCCUCGUAUCCAAAGCUCCCCACCUACUAACUUACCAGCAGCACCGCGCUGUCCGCGGGAGGAAGGCCAGAGAGGCCCUGCAGCGGCCGGUGUCCCUUUUCCGAAGCCAGACCCGACGGACACCCACCCCACUCCGGUCCCGCUGGAACCUCAGCACGUCCCCCUGCCACGUGGUCCCGGCCUCUGCUGUGUGACACGCACCCCGUGCGCCCGUUGUCCCCCGUGUGCCUAACCGUGGUCUCAAGCAGCUGCUGUAGUGUUCCCGUGACCAUGGCCAUCGGCCUCUCGGGAGGACAUGCGCUCACCGGGCCCUGGAAGCCGGCUCCGGCCGGGCGGGCAGGCGGGCGGGCAGCUGCAUCUCCGGUCUGGUCUUCCCGCUGAGAUGCUCUCCCAGGCUCACAGGAGGCCCAGCGUCUGGCCUGUGGCCUCGAGGGAGGAGCUCCCUGGCCUCCCUUCAUGCCAGUGCGUGUCUGUCGUGCAGGAGUCUCCAGGUGUGUCUUCCAGGGACACGUCUGGAGGGAAGGCGAGCAGGGGUCCUGUCCAGUCCCAGCUCCGUCCUGCUUCCCGCCACCCUCACAAACCCGUCGUCUGUGCCCGAGCUGGUGGGCAGCGGCCUGCCAACUGCUUCCACCUGCGGAGGGCUGCGGGCUGCUGAGCUGGGCCCGCCCACGGCAGCGAGGCAGAGGGGGCACACCUGCGGCUGCCAGAAGGCACAGGCUCACCGGCUCCGCAGCGCCCCCGCCCCUCGCUGCGCCCGGUGCAGGGUGAUUCCGGCUGCUGAGGACACCUGGCUCAGGUGAAUGACUAGCCACGGGCCCCCUGGCACAGUUCCGGGAUGCCAAGCUGCCAAGCUCUCGGUUAAUGCGGGGAGGAAAGGGAGAAACUUCUGGCUGUUUCGAUGCUCGUUGAAGUGGCUGGAAUCCGAGCAGCCACAACAUUAUCUCAGCAGAGGCUUCAAUCAGGCCGAUUUGUUUUCGACGUCGUGUUUGCAUGGAGGAUCUGACUUCCCACCGGAGCCUGCGAGGAAGACCAGAUGGGCCAGCGCUGGGAGCACAGGGCAGGAAGGCGACAGAUGGAUGGAGAAGCAUUUGGCUGCCGAGGACCAGGCCAGCCCGCCCGCUCUGCCCAGCCUGUGGAGGGAGCAGCUGGCCCCCCUCCCUCCCACACGCGUGUCCCAGCAGCUGCCUUGAGACUGGUGGCUGAUGCAGGCAGGUGGAGGUGGUGGGGGCUUACGUCCAGCCACUGACGCUCUCAGCGACGCUCGGAAUGGAAGGGGGGCAGAGAUGGCCCGACCAGUGUGGCUCAGAGAUUGAGCGUCGAUCUAUGAAUCAGGAGGUCAUGGUUCGAUUCUGGUCAAGAGCAUAUGCCUGGGUUGCGGGCUCGAUCUCCCCAC